CAGCGAGCGAGAGAGAGAAAAAAAAACCCCGCUGGCACCGAUCCGUGCAGCGCGCGCACAUUCAGAGCCGCGGGUCCGUGCGCGAGAUGAUCCGAGCGGAUGCGGGUGUUUUAACGGCAUGACGGCGGAUCGGACGUGCUUCAGCUGAAGGAGGAGAGCCGGUAGAAACGCUCCAGCCCCGGAGAACCGAAGAGAGGAGCGGCGGAGAGAGAGAGGCAGAGCGCCGGGGAAUCAUGCGGGGUCCUGCGCUCCGGCUGCUGGGACUCGUGUGGCACCUCUCCGCGCUUUUACGCACCGCGCACACGUACAAACUCCACCAAAAACAAGAGAGCUUCAUCAGACAGCUGUCCUCGUACGAGAUCGUCACCCCUGUGCGCUUGAAUGAUUUUGGAGAGUCGUUCCCGCACCGGCUGCAUUACCGCAGGAGGAGGCGCAGCGCUGACGCGGAGGUCUCGGCUUCCGGGGCUCAUUACCGGAUCGAGGCGUUCGGUCAGGCCUUUCACCUGAACCUCACCGCUGAUUCCGGAUUCAUCGCUCCGUCCUACACGGUGCUUCAUCUGGGAGAGGAGGAGAAGCACGGAGACGCCGCAGAUCUGCGCCACUGUUUCUUCAGAGGACACGUCAACGCUCGCAGGGAACACCACGCUGUCUUCAGCCUCUGCACUGGAUUGAUCGGCACGUUCACGACACACAGCGGUCAGUUCUUCCUGGAGCCCCUGUUGAGCGCUGAUGGAGAGGAGUAUGAGGAAGAGCAUAACAAACCUCACCUCGUCUACAGACACGACGCAGACAGGAAGUCACCUGACACGCAGCCGUGCACCACCUCAGAACAUCACAAGAACAAUCACAUCAGUCUCCAUAGCAACAGAACUCUGGAAGAGGAAGUGAUGUCGAUACAGGAAACGAUGCAGAAGCGUGUGGCUCAUUCCAAAAAUGAUUCCAGCGGCUCUCAUUCCCGCAAGAGACGCUUCCUGUCGUACCCGCGCUUCGUUGAGCUCAUGGUGACGGCCGACACCAAGAUGGUUCGACAUCACGGACGAAACCUGGAGCACUACAUACUUACAAUCAUGUCAGUAGUUGCUGCGAUCUACAGAGACCCCAGUGUAGGAAACCUGAUCAACAUCAUGAUUGUCAAACUCAUCGUCAUACAUAAUGAACAGGAAGGACCGAAUAUAAACUUCUACGCCACUGCGACGCUUCAUAACUUCUGCACGUGGCAACAAAGUCACAAUGUUUUGGACGACAGUCACCCGGGUCAUCAUGACACGGCCCUUCUCAUAACCAGGGAGGACAUCUGCCGAGCAAAAGACAAGUGUGACACGUUAGGUUUGGCAGAGCUGGGAACCAUGUGCGACCCGUACCGGAGCUGCUCCAUCAGCGAGGAGAACGGCCUGAGCGCUUCCUUCACCAUCGCUCACGAGCUGGGACACGUGUUCAACAUGCCACAUGACGACAGUCCGAAGUGCCGAGAGGCCGGAGUCAAGCAUCAGUACCACGUCAUGGCUCCAACCCUCAACUACGACACCAGCCCCUGGUCCUGGUCCAAAUGCAGCCGCAAAUACGUCACGGAUUUCCUGGACACUGGUUAUGGUGAAUGUCUCUUGGAUGAGCCCUCAGGCAGGACGUAUAACCUUCCCAACCAGCUGCCAGGUCAACUCUACAACGCCAACCGACAGUGUGAACUCAUGUUCGGUCCCGGCUCUCAAGUCUGUCCGUUCAUGAAACAGUGCAAGCGCCUCUGGUGCACCAGUGCUGAGGGCGACCAUAAAGGAUGUCGUACGCAGCACAUGCCUCUCGCUGAUGGGACCGAGUGCGGCUAUGGCAUGCACUGCAGGCACGGCAUGUGUGUGAAUAAGGAGAUGGACAUGAAGCCGGUUCAUGGUGAGUGGGGCCCCUGGGGACCGUACAGUGUGUGUUCCAGAACCUGUGGAGGAGGGACACGCAGCACAACCAGAGACUGCAAUAAACCUGAGCCGAGGAACGGAGGCCGUUUUUGUGUCGGCCGCAGAAUGAAGUUCCGCUCGUGUAACACGGAUCCGUGUCCCCGCGGCCGGAGGGAUUUCAGGGAAGAGCAGUGCGCGCAGUUCGACGGGAAACACUUCAACAUCAAUGGACUGCCGCCCACCGUCCGCUGGGUGCCGAAGUACAGCGGCAUUCUGAUGAAAGAUCGCUGUAAACUCUUCUGUCGUGUCACGGGGACGAUGGCGUACUAUCAGCUGAGGGAUCGAGUUGUCGACGGAACCCCGUGUGGACCGGACACGUAUGACAUCUGUGUACAAGGCCUCUGCCGGCAAGCAGGUUGUGACCACGUUUUGAACUCGAAGGCAAGAAAUGAUAAGUGUGGUGUCUGUGGAGGAGACAACUCGUCAUGUAAGACCCUCGCUGGAACCUUCAACAACGCACAAUAUGGAUAUAACAUUGUGGUUCGGAUUCCAGCUGGUGCUACCAACAUAGAUAUAAAGCAGGUCAGCUACUCAGGAUCACCAGAAGAUGAUAACUACCUCGCUCUGUCUGACAGUCAGUCCAACUUCCUCCUGAAUGGGAACUUUGUGGUGUCCAUGUUUAAAAGGGAAAUCACCUUUAAGGGAGCAGAGAUUGAGUACAGUGGAUCCAACACUACAGUGGAACGGAUCAACUGCACGCAACGGUUAGAGGAGGAGCUUGUGUUGCAGGUUCUGUGUGUGGGAAACUUGUAUAAUCCUGACGUCAGAUAUUCCUUCAGUAUUCCCAUCGAGGAGCAGCGGGAGCAGUUUGUGUGGGAUCCGACGGGCUCGUGGCAGGAGUGCAGCCGCAUGUGUCAAGGUGAGCGGAGACGGAAGGCCGUGUGUGUUCGUAAGAGCGAUCACUUGGUGGUUUCGGAGCAGAGAUGUGAGUAUCUACCUCGACCCAGAGGCGCGACGGAGCCUUGCAAUAGUGACUGUGAACUCAGGUGGCACGUGGCGGGCAGGAGCGACUGCUCCAGUAAGUGCGGUCCGGGUUACCGUACGCUGGACGUGCUGUGCAUGCGCUACAGCCAGAGCAACAGGCUGAGUGAACGCGUGGAGAGCCGCGCCUGCGCAGACCUGCUCAAACCGCAGACGCGAGAGGCCUGUCAUGGUGACUGUCUGCUCAAGAGCUGGCAGUACAGCGCCUGGUCUCAGUGCUCGAAGAGCUGCGGACGAGGCGUCCGGACGCGACAGGCGUACUGUAUGAACAAUCUGGGCCGCAGGCUGGUGGAGCGAGAGUGUGACGAGCAGCAGAGAGUCCUGAGCGAACCCUGCAGCGACGUGCCCUGUCCCGACUGGACGGCCAGCCAGUGGAGCGAGUGUCUGGCGACGUGCGGUAAGGGCGUCCGACACAGGCAGGUGCUUUGCAUUCUGGGGGAUGAGCAGCUGAGCGAGCAGCGCUGCGACCCGAACACCAAACCCUCAGCGGUGGGCAGCUGUGAGCUUCCCGAAUGUGCGUCCUGGCAGAUCGGAGGCUGGAGUCCGUGUACGGUGAGCUGCGGUCAGGGCUAUCAGAUGCGUGCGGUCAGGUGUGUGUCGGGAGCGUACGGGGAGACGCUGGACGACAGGGAGUGUAACGCGGCCGCCAGACCUCGAGACAGUCAGGACUGUGAGUUGUCAGUUUGUCCUCGCGCAGCAUCAGUGUUUAACACACCAAGACCAGCAGAAGCGGGUCAACGACACACACAGUGGAGAUAUGGCUCAUGGACGACUUGCUCGGUGUCGUGCGGUGAGGGCCGGCGGGAGCGUUACGUCAGCUGCAGAGACGCUCAGGGCGGUGUGGCUGAAGAGUCGUCCUGCGCUCACCUGCAGCGUCCCGCUGACUCUUCUGUGUGCUUCAGUCCCUGCGGUCAGUGGAGGGAGGGAGAGUGGACGCCGUGUUCGGUGUCGUGUGGAGUGGGUCGGUCCACGCGGCGGGUCGUGUGCAUGAACUACCACCAUCAGGUGGACGAGUCGUUCUGUCACCCGGAGGAGCGGCCCAGCACUGAGCAGGAGUGUGCGCCCGUGCCCUGCCAAUCCUCCUACCACUGGCCCAACAACCAGCCCUACUUCCCCUACGACCCCGGCAACCACCCCGGACACCACAGCUGGAACGUCCCGUCCGCAGACAACCAGUGGAGGACGGGGCCGUGGGGAGCGUGUUCCAGCACGUGUGAAGGAGGCUUUCAGCGCAGGGUUGUGGUCUGUCAGGACGCAGACGGCCGCAGCACCAAUCACUGCGACGAGAGGGUCAAACCCGACGAAUCAAAGAGCUGCGACUCGGGACCCUGUCCUCACUGGAACUACGGCAUCUGGGGCGAGUGCACGCGGUCGUGUGGUGGCGGUCAGCAGACGCGGUUGGUGGUCUGUCAGCGUCCAAACGGGCAGAGGUUAAAUGAGUACAACUGCGACAUGCUGGACAAACCGCCCGAUAUGGAGCAAUGUAACGCCCAGCCCUGCCCUGGCUCUGCUUCCUGGCACAGACGACCAUGGAAGCCGUGUUCGGUGUCCUGUGGGAAGGGAAUCAAAGAGCGACAGAUCGUGUGUGUCGACCAGAAUCAGACCCAGAUCGAGGACGAGAGCUGUGCUCAUCUGAACCCGCCCAAAACACAGAAGGCCUGUAGGGCGGGACCCUGCCCCGGCUGGAGAGCCAAUCAGUGGAGAGCGUGUUCGGUGAGCUGUGGCGCUGGCGUUCAGUCCCGUGAGGUCUUCUGCAGGUUAAAGGGCAGAGGUCGCGUCAGGGAUGACAUGUGUGACAUGCGUGCGCGUCCCGUCCCGCUCCGGUCCUGCUUCCACACCGGAUGUCAGACGCACAGCUGGGCGGCACACGGGUGGCAGGACUGUAACGCCACCUGUGGACGGGGCGUGAGGUCCCGGUCGGUGUUUUGUCAGGAUGGAGGGAUGAAGGUGGUUUCUGAGCACAUGUGUGACGCCUCUACCAAACCCCACACACACGAGCCGUGCCACAGCGCCACCUGCCGGUACGUCUGGGUCACUGCAGCAUGGAGUCAGUGUUCGGUGAGCUGCGGUUCUGGACUCCAGCGGCGGGCGGUUCGCUGCUCUGCCGUGACCUCUGACCUGCAGUCGUAUUCUCACGCGGCGUCGCCCUCCAAAUGCAGCGAGCGCCCUCCGGCCGACAGCAGGCCCUGCCGACUCUCCUCCUGCCCGUCUCCUGCGGUCUGGAGCGUGGGUCCGUGGAGCGAGUGCUCUCAGACGUGCGGCGCUGGAGUCAUGCGGAGGACGGUGGAGUGUCCCUCGUCUGAGACCUGCUCGCCAUCCAGCCGGCCGGAGUCCAGCGCCACCUGCAGACAGACGGACUGUGAGCUCCACACCAGCUGCCGGCAGCUCCAGGUGAAGGGAGGCGUCAGGACGGACGGAGAACAUCACAUCAGAGUCCGCUCCAAGAUCCUCCGCGUUUACUGUGCCGAGAUGCAGAGCAGCUUCCCCAGAGAGUACGUGACGCUGCGCAGCGGACAGACGGAGAACUACUCCGAGGUGUACGGAUACAGGCUCCAGAACCCCUUUGAAUGUCCGUAUAACGGCAGUCGGCGGCAGGACUGCGCGUGCAGGAACGAUUACGCCGCGGCCGGUUACACCGUCUUCCAGCGGGUGCGGCUCGAUCUGUCCACGAUGCGCAUCAUCACGACUGAUGUGAAGUUCAGUCAGACUCUGUUUGGUCGCUCCGUCCCGUUUGCGUCCGCAGGAGACUGUUACAGCGCCGCUAAAUGUCCUCAGGGUCAGUUUAGUAUAAAUCUCAGUGGAACCGGACUGAAGGUCGCAGAAUCCACGAAAUGGGUUUCUCAAGGCAACUACGUCACGCUCAAAGUUCACCGCUCAGAGGACGGCACCAGAAUCUACGGCCGCUGUGGCGGUUUCUGUGGGAAGUGUCUUCCUCACCCUCAUACGGGCCUUUUUGUCAAAAUCCAGUAAGAAAAACGUCCAUGACUUUGAACAGAACGCUUCAGAAAGUCUCUCUUUAACGUCUGGCAGCUACGGUAAGCCAUCAGAAACCUUUUCGACGUCCCGCUUCAGCACUUUCUAUUAACGAAAGUAACGAGAACCAAAUAAGUGAGUCUCUCCAAGAAUCAGGAAGCAGAAUGGAUUUGUUUUUUAAUGGAAGAGUUGUUGCAUGAUCGGUCUGGUCAGACAAGAUCCCGUUGAACCGAAUGAAAUUGUGAUCAUUUGGUUGCAACCACAGUGUAUGAGGGUGUAUUUUUAUUUUUAGUUGUAGCAAACGGUCAAAUCCCUCAUUCGGGCAGUGUUUGACGUAAAGGGAUUUAUUUAACAAUUUCAAAAUAUUUCAUAAUGCAGAAUAUCUGCUGUUUGUCCAUGAAAUACUGCAUGUAAAAAACACACCGUUAACGAGUUUUAGAUGUUUAAGCGCAAAAGACCCUGACGACAGCAAACAGCUUGAUAUGAAAACAUAAAUAAUUGAAUGUUUUGUAUAUUUGAAUGUUUAUAAUUGGUCAUGACAAUCUAGAAAAGGACAGAAAACACUGCAGCGCUACUGAAAUCUCUUUAUCUUGACGAUUGUCUUUAAUGUAAAAUGUCUGAAAAUGUAAAUAAUUGUCCUUGCAAACUAGUCUGGUUAAUAUAUGAUAGUUUUUAAUAAUAUUUAAUAUUAUACAGACAUCAUUUACGGUGCUAAAGGCAGUUUGAUCAAGCAUGUGCUUUUGCUUUUUAUACGGUUACUAAUCUGAUUAAAACAAAACAAUAUGAAGCAAUAAUUAAAAUUCAUGCUGAAAUAAAACCAGUCUUCGGUGGUUCGCUGGGUUAGUUGACAAAAUAAGAGACCGGCUAAACUGUAAAACAGAUAUCUCAUGUCACAAAAUGCAAUUAUUUGACACAUAAAAUGGAUUUAAAUGGACUAGAUUAAGUACUUUGUUCAGAUGAGCAUCACUCCAGUUUUAUUAGAAGGGAAGAUUCAAGUAGAUCAAAUUAAAAUGGCAUAACCCUACCUCUCAUAAUCAUGUGUUUGUACAUUAUUUAUGUUUGACAAUAUUUAUUCUGUAAUUAAAUGUACAUACGUCAUAUUCUUAUGACAGGAAAUCGUAUUAUGAAUAUCGAUCAUUUUCUUUUGUCAUUAACAAGAGGUUUACAGUGUAAUGGUGCUGAUUUUACUACUGAAACAACUUUUAACCAUCAGCAGGAUGGUUAUUUUUAGAGAUAUUUUAACCUGGACGCUUCACUAAUGGUCCUUUACUGUAUGUAAAUAUAUUAGUCGCGGUAGAAUAAAUAAUUUGAACUAAUCAGAUGUUUCUUGAAGAGAUUUUCCGCUUUCAACCAAAGUCUGCUUGAUUACGCUUAAUGUAUGAUUAUAUAUAACUUGAAGGAUAUUGAGUUUGAAGCUUAUUGAGCCUGUUUUAGGUUAACCUACAGUAUAACGGAUCAUCUAUGAGCAGCUAACGAACCUUUGACUAUCAUUGUGUUGAUAGACAACUGAACUAUAUAAGGUCUGUAUCAGAAAUUAAAGGACUAUAUAUGAUGCACUAUGUGCCAAGAGUCGUGUCGACAUUUACACCUGUAUAUUAACAGUUCAGCUUUGUGAAAUGUGUAUUUUUAAUAUUCAUACUUGAAGUGUGAACAUCAGACGUUUUGCAUCUCGGUGGAAUGAAAAACGAGGCUUGUUUUCCACUUGUUGCCCAAAGAGUUUAAUACAGUAUCCAGUGUUUUUAUAAUGAAAUCAUCAUCUUUGGUGCUACAGUAAAAAUGUAAUUGAGAUUGUAUUGAUGUAAUGGAUUUACAGCACUGUACUAAUGCUGAUCGUCAUAAUAAAAGGAAAUGUGUUCA